AACCGUUCGUCAUUCCAUUGCACACACCGAGCGGAGCAUAAGCCUUCCACAGACACGCCGAUAAUUCGCUCAGGGAACUACAAUAUAUAAACCAAGGCGACUUUUUCGGGAAGUACACUUUAUCAUGUUUGUAUGUACGCGUGAACAUGCAUAACUGGACAACAUUAUGGUUAUGACAGAAGAAGUGCGGGGAAUCCAUACAUCUUGACUACAGAAAAAGUAUUUGGACCAUUCCCAACGAACUCUGUGAAACGGACCUAUAUUUCCAUUUCGUUUGUACACGAAUUCUUACUGGAGAUAUGCUCUAAAUGGUUGCCUACAACUGAACAAUUUGUCUUCGGGUUGAUUUGGCAAAUGCGAGGUACAGACUGACUGGAGGAUUUGUGCAAGUUCGCUGUUCUCCGGCACGGAAAUUAUUGAACAACCAGAGAAGCCUCAACCUGCGCUGUCGUCCUUCAGACCCCCACAUAUUACCGUUUUUGCUGCUGUUUUAUGGAGGUAACUCUGGGUUUUGGGGCUUGACGCAGCUGGGACUGGGUGCGUGGAGCGUCGGAACACUUCGGAUUGUAUUCCCCCCUCCAUCCCUCUCUCCCGUGGGUCUAGUUUCAUGUCCGUUCUGAGUGCAUUAUGACAAUGGAUUACUUUCUGGUUCUGUGCAGCCUUAUGCUGCCGAUGGUGUCGGCCGUUGAAGAAACUUUGAUGGACACCAAGUGGGCUACAACAGAAUUGGCGUGGACCGCGCAUCCCGAAACUGGGUGGGAGGAGGUGAGCGGAUACGACGACGCCAUGAACCCCAUCAGGACGUACCAGGUGUGCAACGUCCGCGAGGUCAACCAGAACAACUGGCUCCGCAGCGACUUCAUCCCCCGCAAGGACGUGCUGCGCGUCUACGUGGAGAUGAAGUUUACCGUCCGCGACUGCAACAGCAUCCCCAACAUCCCCGGCUCCUGCAAGGAAACCUUCAACCUCUUCUACUACGAGUCGGACUCGGACUCGGCCACGGAAACCAGCCCCUUCUGGAUGGAGAACCCUUACGUCAAAGUGGACACCAUCGCGCCGGACGAGAGCUUCUCCAUGCUCGAGUCAGGCCGGGUCAACACCAAAGUUCGAAGUUUUGGUCCUCUCUCGAAGGCGGGCUUCUACUUGGCCUUCCAGGACCUUGGAGCGUGCAUGUCCCUCAUUUCGGUGAGGGUCUUCUAUAAGAAGUGCUCCACCACCAUCGCGAACUUCGCCGUGUUCCCGGAAACGGCGACCGGGGCGGAGGCGACUUCUCUGGUCAUUGCCCCCGGGACGUGCGUGUCCAACGCCUUGGAGGUGUCCGUGCCCCUCAAGUUGUACUGCAACGGGGACGGCGAGUGGAUGGUUCCUGUCGGCUCCUGCACAUGCGCAUCGGGAUUCGAGCCCGCCAUGAAGGACACCCAGUGUCAAGCUUGCAGCCCAGGCACAUUCAAAUCCAAGCAGGGACUAGGCUUCUGCUCCCCGUGCCCACCCAACAGCAGAGCCAGCUCCGGGGCAGCCAGCGCGUGUGCCUGCAGGAACGGCUACUAUCGCUCCGAUACCGACUCCAUGGACUCUGCCUGCACCACUGUUCCCUCCGCCCCUCGCAACGUCAUCUCCAACGUCAACGAGACCUCCCUGGUGCUGGAGUGGAGCGAGCCGCGCGACUCGGGCGGCCGCGAGGACGUCUUCUACAACGUCAUCUGCAAGAAGUGCUCGCCCGAGCGCGGCGUGUGCUCGCGCUGCGACGACAACGUGGACAUCUCCCCUCGCCACCUGGGCCUGACCCAGCGCCGCGUGGCCGUCAGGAACCUGCAGGCCCACACCCAGUACAGCUUCGAGAUCCAGGCGGUCAACGGCGUGUCCACCAGGAGCCCGUACACGCCUCAGUUCUACGCCGUCAACAUCACCACCAACCAGGCCGCUCCCUCUGCAGUGCCCACGGUCCACCUGAUGGGGGCGACAGCGAACACCAUGAGCCUUUCCUGGCUGCCCCCGGAGAAACCCAACGGAAUCAUUCUGGAUUACGAGAUUAAGUACCAUGAGAAGGACCAGGCCGAGGCCAUCGCUCACACCAUGACGGCCCAGCGCAGCUCAGCCCGCAUCGAGGGGCUGAAGCAGAGCACGCCGUACGUGGUGCAGGUCCGGGCCCGCACGGUGGCCGGCUACGGACGCUACAGCAGCCCCGCCGAUUUCAGCACCAACCAAAACACUGACCCAGAUAAGUCGCUUCAAGAGCAGCUUCCUCUCAUCGUGGGGUCAGCCACUGCCGGCUUCGUCUUCAUCAUCGCUGUCGUCGUGAUAGCCAUCGUCUGCCUCAGGAAGCAGAGGAACGGCUCAGAGUCCGAGUACACAGAGAAGUUGCAGCAAUACAAAUCCCCUAUAGUCACGCCGGGCAUGAAGGUCUAUAUCGACCCCUUCACCUAUGAGGACCCUAACGAGGCGGUCCGCGAGUUCGCCAAGGAGAUCGACAUCUCCUGUGUGAAGAUCGAGGAGGUCAUCGGCGCAGGUAACCAACCCAAGCUCCUGAGCUACAGGGGGAAGAAUGCUAGUCACCUCCAGGCCAUACCCUUAGAGGACUUCACGCCAAGCGGAGAGUUUGGGGAGGUGUGCCGGGGUCGCCUUAAGCUACCCGGAAGAAGGGAGAUCAUCGUGGCCAUUAAGACGCUGAAGGUCGGUUAUACCGAUCGUCAGAGGCGGGACUUCCUGUCCGAGGCGUCAAUCAUGGGCCAGUUCGACCAUCCCAACAUCAUCCGUCUGGAAGGCGUGGUCACCAAGAGUCGGCCGGUCAUGAUCGUCACAGAGUUCAUGGAGAACGGAGCGCUGGACUCUUUCCUCCGGCUCAACGACGGCCAGUUCACGGUGAUCCAGCUGGUGGGCAUGCUGCGCGGCAUCGCAGCAGGCAUGAAGUACCUGUCCGACAUGAACUACGUGCACCGAGACCUAGCUGCCCGCAACAUCCUGGUCAACAGCAACCUUGUGUGCAAAGUGUCCGACUUCGGACUGUCUCGGUUCCUCGAGGACGACCCCACGGACCCCACCUACACCAGCUCACUGGGAGGGAAGAUUCCCAUUCGCUGGACGGCCCCCGAGGCCAUCGCCUACAGGAAGUUCACCUCGGCAAGCGACGUGUGGAGCUACGGCAUCGUCAUGUGGGAAGUGAUGUCUUACGGCGAGCGGCCAUAUUGGGACAUGAGCAACCAGGAUGUGAUCAAUGCAGUGGAGCAGGACUACAGGCUGCCCCCGCCCAUGGACUGCCCCACGGCUCUGCAUCAGCUCAUGCUGGACUGCUGGGUGAAGGAGAGGAACCUGCGGCCCAAGUUCUCCCAGAUCGUCGCCACGCUGGACAAGCUGAUCCGCAACGCCGCGAGCCUCAAGGUCGUCACCAGCAGUGCACAGUCUGGGGUGUCCCAGCCCCUGUUGGACCGCUGUGUCCCCGACUACACCACCUUCACCACCGUGGGAGACUGGCUGGACGCCAUCAAGAUGAGCCGCUACCGAGACAACUUCCUCAACGCCGGCUUUGCCUCCUUCGACCUGGUGGCCCAAAUGACGGCAGAAGACUUGCUUCGGAUAGGAGUGACUUUGGCCGGUCACCAGAAGAAGAUCCUAGGCAGCAUUCAGGACAUGAGACUACAGAUGAACCAAACGUUGCCUGUCCAGGUCUAAGACAAGCACACAGACAAACUGGAAGGAGAGGAACUGUGCCAGAGAGAGAGAGAAAGAGAGAGAGAAAGCCAAUGGGACACCCUAGCUGCCUGACCAUCUCUGCCAAUCAGACUGGCUUGCAGUGCCUCUGAGUAGUCACGUUUAUGGUUUUUUUUUUGUUGCAUUUUUUGCUUCUUUAACUUCCAUUUUCUUGUUCCCACCUCUCCCGGUAGAAUUACUCUGUUCCUUCCAACAAGACAUUGGUCAGGAUUCUUUUGUACAUUUUUUAAAGAAGAAAAAAAGGAAUCCCAUAUCCCAUCCGUGCCUCACCAGGACAAGUGUGGGGUGAUGUUUGCAUGCGAGCGUGUGUUUUUGUGAAGUCAGCCUGGGACUGAACCCUUGAUAUUUUGAACUUGGUCUUCCUCAAGUGAAAGCCCUUCUCCCUGACCCUCCAACCCCCCCCCCCCCCCCCCCCCCCCCCCCCCCCCACCACCACCACCACCAACACCACUACCCCCCAAGUUUGAUCCUUAAAGCCCCAUGAUGGACUGAACACGUGGAUUGACGAGAAAGAGUGAAAACUGUUUAAGUUCAAAAAGAGCGGAAAAAAGUGAAUGAGAAUUCACACCAAAAAAAUAUGUGUUUUGGACACAGUGGAAAAAUCCUUCCCAUGUUAGAACUUGUUAUUUUGUGUGUGUGAUUCUCCCCAUCUUCAUAUUGAAGGUGUAUUAUGUAAAAGGGCACAUGCCCGAUAAGAAUGAAGAGGAGGCAGACAGUCUGGGGUUCAAAGGUCAGAGGGUCAAAGAGGUCAUGAGGUCUCAUGGGAGCAGCUGAGCUGGUGACACCAGAAUGGCUACGGGUCUAACAUCCUGGAUUGAUCACUUACACAGACCUGAGAGAAUUCAGGAUGGUUCCCCAUCUUGGGAACAUUGGGUCAUUACCUGUGUUUUCGUAUCAUAAUAAUUGCUGUUUAUUUGUUUUAUCAACACUACAGUACAUAUUGAUUUUUUUGUCCAACAUAAAUUGGGAGAUAUGUGUUUCAAAAAUGGCUGGUAAAACGUACUCCUGCUGGACGCUUUUUGUGAUGGGGGAGAACGAGGAUUGUGGCGACACAAAUACAAAGACCGCUUGGCCUUUUGUGUGCAUUUCCUGCGUGCGUGUGUGCGAGCGUUUGUGUUUUUUGUGUAUGAGUGUGAAUGAGCGAAUGUAAGAAGUUGCACACAAGUACUGUACAAUACAGCUUCAGCUACCCGCCACCGUGGAGAAUUUACGCAUGAACUGAACCGUGACAAGGAGCAAUUAUAUCUGAAUCAAUUACACUAUAUUCUGUGGACAAACUGUUAAACGUUUUUUAGCAAAUCCAAAACUUUGGAGAUAUAUAUAUAUAUAUGCAUCGUUCAGAAACAGAAAGCAACCAUGAGAGACACCACAUUUUCUUUUUUACUAUUAUCCGAAUUCACGAAUAACUGAAUUCUAGUUUAAUUUUUCAAUGCCCUCGAAUGUAUUUAUUUACCCCUGCCUAUUAGACUGUCGGCCAUUUGAACUAUGGACUUUUUCUUCUAUCAAUCACAUGGAAGAAGUGACCCAAGAGGAUUCAGCAAAUGAAUUGAUGAAUUGAUUAUACAAACAAAUUGCAUAUAGAAUUGGAUAUUGUAUUUUUGUUGUUGUUCUAAACAGCCUGUACAUGUUUUGUAACAAAAAAUAAGAUAAAUAACAUGAAUCAAAAUGGUGUUUUGAGAAACUGCUGGGAAAAGUGUCACUGUGAGAUGAUUUGUGUCUGGUUGGGUUAGGCCAAGCGUGGGGGGGGAUGUGGUAGAGAUCGAAAGCGUGAUAAAGGAAGAGAAAGAGGAGGGGCUCACGCCACGAUGAGGCCGUCGGAUGCUCGUAAUCCAACUGCUGGUGUCGCUCCCUACCACUUCCUGUGUGUGUACGUCAGUGAAUGGCUGUGUUGAGUGACUGUGCGUUUCCAGGUCAACACUUUCAAUUGACGACCCUACUGGAUCUAGCUGUACCCACUCUGUUCUCAUUCUUACAUGAAAAUGAGUUUUAUUGUGUAGCCCUGUGAAGCUGUCAGUAGUUGUCUUCCAUACACUUUUAUCAAAGAAAAAGUCCUGCCUUCCCUAUCUGUUCUUCAAACACACCCCUAUGGUCAAUAGAAAUGUAUAAAAUGUCUGUACAUUGCAACGUGUUCAUUUACAGUAAUAUACAGCUACCAGAUACCUCCUAACAGGAUUCAACCCCAUUUACCCCUGUAUGGCUCAGUUACAAUGGUUUACCACCAAUGGGUUCACAGGCGGAGCUCUGUCAGACGGCCCAAGCAGUUUGUCCCUCGUCCUAAUGAGCCCCUAGGCGGAGCUCCAUCCGAAGGCCCAGCUCCAUCAGAGGGCCCAAUCUGCUCCUCAAUGACUGGAACCUGUCGGCUCCAGUCAGACAAGUGGCCCACCAGUCCAAGCCUGUCAGGCUGAUAAAUGCAGCAGCUGAUCCACAGCAUCCAGGAAAUGCACUCGCAGCCAGCGCAGACAUAUGGACGGCCGACCUAUGAUUAUCUGUCUUUAUUUCCUGUCCAGCCUGCAAUCAUCCUGUCUCAGUACUGGCUCUAUCCUGAUUAGUACAGUGCUGGAUCAACAACCUUGGCCUGGAGAGAGGCAAAAAUCUGGAGGCCACGUUGUAAACGAUAGCAGCUGGAUCACCUAGACCGUACCAUUGGCGUUUUCUGAAGAGGGUUGACAUGAGGGACAGGUUCUACCAAUCGUGUGGGUGUUUGAAAAGUAGGGGGAGAUGGUAGCUGUCUGCAGUGCUGAUCCUACAGAUUAUCCAGACAGUGUCUGUGAAGUUUCUGGAUAGGGCUUAAUCAAUAUAUUAGUUCUGUGUGUAAUAAUAGUGUGAUGUAGUGUCCGUUCAUUAAGCCUUGCCAUAUAACUCUCUUAAACCUUUUAGUCAACCCUGUGACAGGCAUCAACGCCAAAAUAUCAUGUGUUCCGAAUUACUAUCACUUUUUUCUACCCUUUGAGUACAGAUGAGAGUGCAAAACGGGUUUAGUAACCCUCAAAAUUUAGAAUGCACGAUAGUAAGUAGCAAACUUGAUAGCGAUCAUAAAACUGCACUCCACUCGCUUUGGUCCUUUACAUAAUGGCCUGUGCCUAACAGUACGGAUGUCUUUAAAGUCCUUUUACAUGCCACAACGAGCAUAUUGACUUCGAAGCUGCCAAGUCAGUCAAAUAUAUUUGAAACGCCUGUUUCUAGAAACCAAAACAUCGACGAAGGCAGUGGAAUAAAUGAGAAUACAGGUCAGAGCAAUCACAAAUUCACUGACUGAAAUCGUCCGGCAAAAAUAUUCCGCCCCACUUUCCCACUUAAUCAGACAACCACUGUUACUAACAAGCACGCAGCGCCCCCCCCCCCCCCCCCCCCCAAAAAAUAAAAUAAAACAUAAAACAAGACAGUUUAUGAACGUGAAUAGACAGGGGGUCUAAACACAAUCAGAUGGUAGACAUGCCCACUCGUGAAACAAUGGCAGUGCAUGGCUUGUAUGAAGCAUUGAUGAGGUUGGGUCCUGGCUUGUGGUUUUACUUCACAAACACUGAACGUGAGGGAUGAGCUUCUACGCUCUUGCACUUUCUAACAAGUGCUUGCAGAUGAACAAAAAAAAAAGCGUUUUACUUGUUUAGUUGAAGAUGGUUCAUGGAUUUAAUUUCAAUUGUCAUACCAACCAUUAAUCCGCAUUCUUUGUACUCAUAGCCUGGUUUCUCUGCUAAAUGCUGACGUGAGGACAGAAUCAAUGCUUAUGUGUGUGCCAGUGUGUAUGUGUGUGUGGAUACAAGUGCUAGUAUUAUAGUUUUCAAAAGCACCAACGCAAGCAGCAGUGUUCAACUUAUGUUCAACAUAGUCCCACUCUCUCUCUGUGUGCCAACAAACCCUUCUUUCAGUAUUCUGGGGCUCCAUUCUAUCCCAACAUUCCCUCUCUACCCCAUGUGAUCCCCCCAUCCAACUCCACGAUUCUAUCCCCUAACCUUUUCCCCUUGAUUUUUUCUUUUCACAUUUUUUGUGUUCAUCUGUCACUGUUUUAUAUGACUAUAUACAACUUUUUUAAACAAGCUCACUUAACAUGCCUGUCUUCUCGUCACUUUUGAAAAUCCCUAGAAAAAAAGAAGUGAGAUGUUUAAGAGUACUGUACAUGUAUUGUAGGGAAGGAAGAAACCGUUGAAAAUGCAAUUGUUUAUUCCUGUUUGAAAGCAUUGAGAUGUAUUUAAUGGUGCAGAGUCAGACAUAAACAACAAAUUGAUAAAAAUGAUGCAUUCUUGUAGAAAUAUUUUUAAAAGACCCUUUUGCAAUUAAAUUAUUUAAGAAAUGUG